AUGCCAACGUACCUUUUGCACGGCUUCCGCUGGCCCCGCAACCUGAUCCGGAUCCACAUCAUCCUCCAGAACCUCGACGAUGCCGCCGCCGAAUGGCUCAUGGCGCCCGCCACGGUGGCCUGUAUCCGGGAGAACUUCAGGCAAAAGUACGGGAACGCGAUGCAAGGCCUGCCCGACCUGCAAUUCAUCGAGCAGUUCGACGUCGAGACGGCCGACAAGGGAGACAACGUGCAGCCCUACGCCUACGUGGCCGAUGUGGUCGAGGAGAUCAAGCUCGGCGUCGAGGUCGGCGAGAUCAUGGGCCGCGGCGUGCCCAAUGAGCAAUGGGCCUCCAUCACCGAGCUGCGCGACCAGAUCGCUCCGGGGGAGAAGGUCGGCUGGUUCGUCGUCGUGUGCCAGGACACGGAGCGCCUCCCCCCCUCCGUCUCCGAAGAUGAGGACGAGUAUUUCGAGGAAGAGUACGACGACGAGUCCUUGACCGGAGACAUAGAGGCGGAUAUGCGGGACCUGGCCGUGACGAACGGAAACGGGCAUUCCAAGGCGCUGCCGCCGCCCGCCGAAAAUGGCCUCCUGAACCACGAACAAGCCCCGGUCGUCCAAGUACACAGCCAAGAAAGCCCGGGGGCCGACAAGAGCGGGAAGAGCGCCAGCAUGAGCAGCGCCACAAAAGAGGAAAGCAUCGAGCAGCGGCCAACCACGAGCAGAAGCGUGAAGAAAUGGUUCAGCGGCUUCGGUGCCCUCAAGAAGGCGAAAAGCCUGAGAGAACUCCGCAAACUCGAAAACGACAAGGCGAAAGAGAUGGCCAUGCCACCACCCCUUCCAGGCACAGCUGUUUGA